GCCCUGGCCCGACACCGCUAGCGUCGGGUAAUGCCGAAAGUGGGCGGUAGGGGCAAACAGGGGUCCCAGGAAAUGAGUGUCCUCGCGCGCGCUGCCGUCGCUGUCGUGCGUGCGGAAUUUUAGGAUCCAGGGUCCUAACUUCGCGCUCGCGUUUCUCGGACCCGUCCAGUUGGCGUCUUCGCAAGCCGGAAGUGGAGGGCACAGCCAGGGGUGCCAACCGCGCGGGGGAGACGCAGAGCGCGCUGUUCCCGUUUCGGAUGUCCCAAAGGUGGAUGACCCACGGAUCAAAACAUCGGCAGCCCACCGCACCGCGCGCGCCUCUGCGUGCUGCUAACGGCCGGCUAUGAAGCCCCGCGGCGCCAGCUAGAGCGAGGGGACCUCGUUGCAGCGUCGGCUGCCGAGGCCCGUGCGAGGUGCCCCGCUAGCGAGCUCGGCGGGCAUGGCCGGUGGCUGCAGCCAUGGCAGGCACCUACCGCUACUCGGCAGCCCUGGACAAGACGUACGUGGAGCAGCGCUGGGCCGAUAGCGUCCGCCCGGCCGCCGCGGUGCAGGGCCCGGCAGGUCGGACCGCGGUCAGGAGCCUGGCUCCCGUCGCGGGCCCGGCCGCCGUCAGCGACCCGCUCCGCUUCGUGAAGAUCGGCCAGGCGGCUUUGGGGACGCAGGCACGCGAGCAGGUGCACGGGAGCGUGCAGCGCAAGAAGUGCCAUGCCGCCGAGGACGAGCAAGAGGAGCAGUGGCAGACGAAUCUGGACGAGUGGAAGAGCCGGAGGAGGAAGGCCUCGCAGAGGGCCUUCCAGCGGGUGCAAGACGCCAAGCAGCUCUUCCCAGACUCUAGCCAGGCCAGGAAGACCCUGCCACAGGCUCCGCCCUGUCUCACCACGGGCACCGAGCUGCUCUCCGAGUACAGCAGCAAGGCCUCCCCGCCACUUGCCUCGCGAUCCCCCAGGGGGAGGGACCAGCAGCGCAAGGCCGCCCCGGUGUUCAACUGCACCCCAGCAUCAAACUCUACCUCGGCGUCAAACUCCACCCCGGCGUCAAAUUCCUUCCUGGCGUCAAACUCCUCCCCGGCGUCAAACUCCACCCCGGCGUCGAACUCCACCCCGGCGUCAAACUCCACCCCGGCGUCAAACUCCACCCCGGCGUCAAACUCCACCCCGGCGUCAAACUCCAUCCUGGCAUCAAACUCCACCCCGGUGUCAAACCCCACCCCGGUGUCCAACACCACUCCGAAGCCCGACUGGAGGGCCUCCCGGGAGAAGGCGUGCACCAAGGUCCAGCCCCCGGAGCCAACGGCUGGAAAGCCGGAGGCCCCGACGGAAGGCACGCUGUCCGUCAGCGGACGGCGCCUCUGCUCGCACUGCAGCCAGCCCCUAGGGCACGGUGCGGCUAUGGUGAUAGAGAGCCUGCAGCUGCUGUACCACCUGGCCUGCUUCCGCUGCUGCGUCUGCCAGGCGCCUCUCGGCAACGGCUUGUGUGGCACGGACGUCCGCGUGCGCAACACCAAGCUCCACUGCACAGACUGCUACAGCAACGACGAAGCCGGAGUAAAGCUGAGCCGGGUCUGAGGAGCCUCCUGCUCUACGCCUGGUACAGGACCUGCAUCAGCCGAUGCCUCGCCUUGCUUUCCAAGGCCCCGUUCUGCUGCGGCCUACGAACACGGAGCAGACGAAACCCCGUUGGCACGCUCUUCAUUACCUGCUCGAGCCAGUAAUAAAGCUAACGACGGCGCACCCGCGAAUUAUGGUGCUUGGAGCGCGUCCCCAACUGGUGUUUACACUGUGUCCUCAAAAGUGGUCCCUCAAUUUACACCCGGUGACGUCACGAAAGUGUCACGCUGUUGCCUGCCACGGUCGGGGUAGUGGCGCAGCGGCAAACGUACGACAACGUUAAGGCGGGUCAGGUGAUCCAACAUACACUAAAUAUACAUAAUAUAUUAGCCGACUGAUCAUUACGAAUAGCCCCAUAUACUACGUCCUCCUGGCCAUAUAACACACUUGCACAACCUACAUAAGUGUAGCUUUCGUGGCUUUUUUUUUGAACAAAUCUAAAAAGCUUAAAAGAAACACCCUGUGUACUCAGUGCGUAUCUGGCAGAUGCCUGCUCUGGGGCCACAGUCGACGGAAACCAAACCACACACGAGUUGAAACGCUGCAACGACGGCGCUCGCCAGAAUUUCUACGACCAAACGCCACGAUUGUGACAUUCGACAGCAUGACACGGCGGUUCUCCCACAAAGCAAUUCGUUGCCAUUCUGGAACCACAUUUGACGCACGGGCAGUAUAGGACGAUAAACACACCGGUUGGACACGAGCUCCAGGCACUGUACUGUCGGUAGACGAUGCAGCAGGCCUUUGGCAUCUGCCAUUGCAUCUGCCAUCUCCACAGAGCGACACGGAGCAGAAUUCCUCCGUCCGCGUAACGCAUGCGAGAUCUGGCUACACUGUAGCACGCUUUAUCUUUCAGGCCCCGCUUGCUUGCAAACUUGGCACGGUAGGCAUACAUGCAGCGGGUAUGCUUGGCAAAUCUGACCGCUCAUAAUAUAUGGCGCUAGUUUUAGAGUGUAUACUACUUGGUACAACCAAAGAAGGUCGGUGAGGCACUCACUCUGUGCGGCGAGACGUGGCUGGACAAUAAAAAAAAUGGCGAGGCUUCUUU